GCCGCGAAGCUGCUCUACAACUCGAUCCCCAACAACGCGAAGCUCGCGUCCUGCCUCGUGCAGCUCGGGGAGUACACCCAGGCGGUCGAGGCGGCGAGGAAGGCCAACAACCCGAAAGUCUGGAAGGAGGUCAACAUCGCGUGCGUCUCCGCGGAGCAGUUCCGUUGCGCCGAGAUCGCCGCCAUGAACAUCAUCGUCCACCCAGACCACCUGGAGGAGCUGAUCGCGCACUACGAGCAGCACGGCUACUUCGAGGAGCUGAUCAGCCUGCUCGACGCCGGCCUGUCCCAGGAGCGCGCGCACGCCGGCAUGUACACCGAGCUCGGCAUCUUGUUCGCCAAGUACAAGCCAGACAAGCUCAUGGACUUCAUCAAGAUGAACACGGCGAAGCUCAACAUCCCGAAGCUGACGAACGCGUGCGAGCGCCACUACCUCUGGGAGGAGGCCGUGUUCUUGCACAGCCACUACGACGAGUACGACCUGGCCGCCAGCACCAUGAUGGCGCACAGCCCAGUGGCCUACUCGCAUGACAAGUUCCUGAUGAUCAUGCAGAAGGUGUCGAACAUGGAGCUGUACUACCGCGCCAUCUCGUUCCGCCUCGAUGCGGGGACUGCAGAUGGGGACGACAGGGACUGCUAUGGAAGAGAGCACGCACGGAGAAAGGCGCAGGACCUCAGGAUGUGGAAGUUGCAAAGAAAGAAGGUCCGGGGGUGGCGCCCAGGGCUUUCUUCUGCGACAGCAGGCGGCCCAGAUCGCUCCGCUCGGAGCGCGUUCGCUCGAAGUGGCGCGCCUCCUUUCAAGAGCGCGCUCCAGCGGGCUCCGGGCACCAGCUUCCGAAGCGCGCGGCUCCGUUACGCCAAGUCCUGA